UUUCCUACAUAGGUAUAUCUAUCUCAUCCCGUUAACGCUCAGUUCAUAAUAAAAACUCGUAGCAUUAGGACCUGUUUUAUUAAGUUUUAUAAUUUUAUUAAUAAAACCCACCGUAAAUAAUUGUUAUUGCGUUUUUGUCAAGUUAGGUAUAUAUUUUGUAUAGUAUCAAAAUGGCCAUUCACAUCAAGGACGCUGACGACCUCAAGAACAGGCUCUCUGAAGCCGGUGAGAAGCUCGUCGUGAUUGACUUCAUGGCAACCUGGUGCGGACCCUGCAAGAUGAUCGGGCCCAAACUAGAGGAACUGGCCAACGAGCUGGCUGACUCCAUUGUCGUACUUAAGGUCGAUGUAGACGAGUGUGAGGACGUCGCUGCCGAGUACAACAUAAACGCCAUGCCCACCUUCGUCUUUAUUAAGAGUUCACAGAAACUCGAAGAAUUCUCCGGCGCUAACGUCGACAAGCUAAAGAACACCAUCCUCAAGUUGAAGUAAAAAUAUUAUUAAAAUAAAUCGGCGUGUACGUUGGUUGCCUUAUGCCGCAGGCGGACAGACAACUUGCAAAGAAUUAAGCUUUUUAUACAUAUGUUACUUUUAUUACAGUUUAAAAAUGUGUUUAGUUUCUAUUUCUGGUAAAACUACAUACAAUGCUAAAUGCAUUUAUAUUUUUUUUUAAAUAAUAAAAGCAUAAUAUAUUUAGUGUAAUCUAUUUUGAACGAACGUUUUGUAAGUACUUGAGUAAUACAAGUAAAAGUAAAUUUUUAUUCCUUUGCCCUAUUCGCAUAGCGCGAUGAAAACGUUUUUUAGCUCUGUGCAGAGAAUAUAUACAAAAAAAAAUGACAAGUAUCGAGGUAUUUUUAUAUUGCCGUCAAGUGUCUUAAAUGUUAUUGUGUUCGUUCUGUGUAUUGAGCACGUAGUAUUGCAUUUUGCACAAGUUUUAGAACGCGUACAUGCCCGUAAAUGUAUUAACUUUUCCGUAUUGCAUUAUUAUGUAUGUUACAAAGUAUUGUUACUUCAAUGACGUAAAAAAAAUGUCAUAUUUA